AUGCUGGCGAUACCCGGCUUCUGCUUGACCGACAUCGAGUGCCACGUGAGGGAGGCGUGCGUGUCCGGGGAGUGCCGUGACCCCUGCACCACAGUGCCUCCCCCCUGCGGCCUGAGUGCCCGCUGCCGUGUCAUCAACCACCGCUCCAUCUGCCAGUGCCCGGACGGGUACGAGGGUGACCCUCGUGACCUGUGUACCCCAGUGAGCACCGUAGCACCCGGCUGCCAGUACAACCAAGACUGUCCCUCCAACAAGGCUUGUGACCGCCUCAGUCGCAAGUGUAUUGACCCGUGCCUGGAGGGGGCGUGUGCCCCCAGUGCCACUUGCCAAGCCGUCGCCCACAAGGCGGAGUGCCGGUGCCCACCUGGCUACAGUGGCAACCCCAGCAUCGAGUGUUCCAUACUUGUGGGUUGCCGAGACAACAGCGAGUGCCCGCCCACUCAGGCCUGCAUCAACAACCAGUGCCAAGAUCCAUGUCGCUGCGGCCGCAAUGCCAUCUGUGAGGUGGCCAGUCACCGAGCUACCUGUCGCUGUCCCUCUGGCUACCUUGGGGACCCUCUAAGGAGCUGCCAGGUGCCUAUCAAUCCCUGUGAUACUGACCCUUGUGGUGAAGGAGCUCUCUGUGAGCUGGACGACGGCAACCCCAUCUGUCUGUGUCCCAGAGGCACCACUGGCAACCCCUUCGAGAAGUGCAUUCCCGAGGGCGAUGACUGUGAGCCUAACCAGUGCGGACCUAACUCCGGAUGUCGGAUAGUGAGCGGUGUUCCCGUCUGCUUCUGCCUUCCGGAAUUUGUGGGUAACCCGCCCAGUGAGCCGUGCAGUCCCCCAGCUAACCCCUGCCAGCCCUCCCCCUGUGGACCCAACACCGACUGCAACGUGGUGAAUGGCUUCCAUCGGUGUACGUGUCGCCCAGGUUACGUCGGCAAACCCAACACUAUCCGAGGAUGUGAACCUCCCAUCAAUCCGUGCGUGCCCUCCCCAUGUGGCACUGGAGCUCUCUGUGACUCCAACAGGAGCCCCUACUGUUUCUGCCGUCCUGGACUCAUUGGCGAUCCAUUCACCGGUUGCAGAGCGCCACCUCCCUCAUGUGGUCCCGGCAUCUGUGGGACGAAUGCUGAGUGCUACACCCGUGGAGAAAAUCUUCUGUGUAGGUGUCUAGAGGGCUAUGAUGGAGACCCACAGCUGCAUUGUCAGUCAAAGCCUGGCAACCCCUGUGAGCGCAACCCUUGUGGCCCCAACGCCCAGUGCUCCAUCGGAGCCAACAACUACCCAGUGUGCUCUUGCUCCCCGGGCUUCUUUGGGGAGGCUGAUUCUGAAACUGGCUGCAAACCUGAAUGUACCGUAAACGACGACUGCAGUCACGACCUGGCUUGUGUCAACACUCGCUGUAUCGAUCCUUGCCCUAGUGCCUGUGGUAUUAACUCGCUCUGUGAAGUCAACUCUCACCGUCCGGUGUGCUUCUGUCCUUCUGGGUUCAAAGGUAACCCUUACACACGCUGCGAAGUAGUUACCGAGCCUCUCCCACCAAAGGAUGUGGUCACGCCGAAACCACCAGUGACCCCGUGUGUGCCCUCUCCAUGUGGUCUCAACAGCGAGUGCCGUGUGGAGGGCACUCAGCCCAUCUGCUCUUGCAUUGGCGAUUACAUUGGCGACCCUAAAGUCCACUGUCAACCUGAAUGCGUUAGUAAUGCUGACUGCGACGACGACAAGUCGUGCAUUGAUCAAAAGUGUGGUGAUCCAUGCCCCGGGCUGUGUGGUACCAAUGCCCUCUGUGACGUAGUCCACCACAACCCCAUCUGCUAUUGUCCCAGCCAACUCACUGGCGACCCCUUCAGACUCUGUGUUACGAAACCAUUGCCACCAACUCCUAAAGUGUCACCGUGUGAGCCCAAUCCAUGCGGGCCGAACUCUGAGUGCCGGCCCACACCUGACAACACCCAGCAUGUGUGUUCCUGCCUCCCAGGGUUUUUCGGCUCUCCUUGUCGACCAGAGUGUACCAUUAACUCUGACUGCGCCAUGAGUCAGGCUUGCUUCAAUUUAAAGUGCGUUGACCCGUGCCAAGGGUCAUGUGGCAUCGGUGCUCUGUGUAGCGUGGUGGCCCACAACCCAAUCUGUAGGUGUCCGGAUGGACUCACCGGAGACCCCUUCAGCCAGUGCUUCGAGAAGGUGCCUGCAGAGCCACAGCCCCCUGCACCCCCACCAGUAGCACUGUGCACACCUUCUUGUGGUGCCAAUGCCCAGUGUCAAGUUUUGGAUGGUGUGGGAUCUUGCGUGUGUCUCAGUGGAUUCUACGGUCAGCCUGAGCUAGGGUGCACGCCUGAGUGUGUGAUCAACGCCCACUGCGUGAGCACUCGAGCAUGCCUCAACCAGCGCUGUGUUGACCCGUGUGACGGUUCCUGCGGCGUGGAUGCUGCCUGCAAGGUGCUCAACCACAACCCCAUCUGCGCCUGCCCUGAUGGCUACAGCGGUGACCCCUUCACCUUGUGCCACCCAACCCCUGUCACACCUGCCUUGCCACCCCACGCCGUGACCAGACCAUGCGUGCCAGACCCCUGCGGCCCUAACACAGAGUGCCGUGCUCAAGGGGACGUCGCAGUGUGCGAAUGCCUCCCGGGGACCUUCGGCAAUCCCAAUACGCAGUCAGGAUGCAAGUAUGAAUGCGUGACCAAUGCAGAGUGCCCAAUGACAGAAGCAUGCGACAACCGACGGUGCCGUGACCCGUGUGCUGGCACCUGUGGCCUGCAGGCUCUCUGCGACGUCGUGGCACACAACCCCAUGUGCCAUUGCCCACCUGGCUACACAGGAGACCCGUUCUACAGAUGUACCCUCAGCCUAAUUGAAGUUCCACCUGAAGUAGAGCUUCCGACGGACAUAGAUGCAUGCGCUGGGUCUCCAUGCGGGCAAUACGCACAGUGCACCACUCUCGACCACCGCAUCACCUGCUCCUGUACCCCGGGCUACUUUGGCAACCCAUACACAGGCUGUCGACCCGAAUGUACCGUCAACUCUGACUGUGCCCUGAGCCGGGCCUGUGUCAACCAGGUGUGUGCGGACCCUUGCCCCGGCUCCUGUGGCCUCAACGCUGACUGCCAGGUGGUCAGGCACUGGCCUAACUGCUACUGCCACCCGGGCUACGAGGGCGACCCCUACACCCGCUGCCGCCCUCAACAACCGCAUGUGCCGGCCCCGUCAGAGGUGCCGCCGCCCUGCCAGCCCUCGCCGUGUGGUGCCAACGCCCAGUGUGAGGAGAAAGACUCCCUCCCCGUCUGCACCUGUCUCCCGGGCUACUUCGGCAGGCCUCCUGCGUGUCGUCCUCAGUGUGUGAUCAACUCAGAGUGCCCACAGAACCUGGCCUGCUUCAGGCAAAAGUGUGUGGACCCGUGCCCAGGAGUGUGUGGGGUUGCUGCCCAGUGUGAAGUCGUCAACCACAACCCCAUCUGCUACUGCCCCAAACACCUCACCGGUGACCCCUUCGUCAGUUGUGUUGAAGCGGCCCCACACCCUUCCCUGCCAGCCAUCUCUCAUCCCUGUGCGCUGAGCGGAUGUGGCACUAAUGCCAAGUGCUCAGUGCAGGGCGGUGCAGCGGUGUGCACCUGCCCACCCGACCACUAUGGUAACCCAUAUGUGGCGUGCACACCCGAGUGCACGGUCGACUCUGACUGCCCUCGCUAUUUGGACUGUGUGAGGAAUAAAUGCGUGGAGCCGUGCCCCGGGGCAUGCGGCCUCAAUGCCCUCUGUGACGUUGUCAACCACCAGGCCGUGUGUACCUGCCCAACAGGUUACACAGGCAACCCUUUCACCCGCUGCAACCUCGCGCCCCUUCCACCCACGCAUGUGCCGGCCGAGCCCCCCCGCACCCCAUGUGCUGGGGACCCCUGUGGGCCAAAUGCAGUGUGCCGUGAGGUCAACCAACAACACCAGUGUUCGUGUCAGCCUGGGUAUGUGGGUACCGCACCUGCCUGUCGUCCUGAAUGUGUGGUCCAUGCUGAGUGUUCCACGCUCAGGGCCUGCGUCAACAACCGCUGUAUAGACCCUUGUAAGGGCACCUGUGGAAUUCAGGCUGAGUGCCGCGUAAUCAAUCACAACCCAAUAUGUAGCUGCGUGGCUGGCUAUAUUGGUAACCCAUUCAUCCGCUGUACCAAAACCACACCCACACCCCCUCCUCUCUCCCGUCCAACAACUCUACCACCUUUUGCCGACACACAAGCCCCUGUUCAGAAAGAGCCCGUCAUCCCUGUCCAAGGUGAGGUCACCACCCACACACCCAUAGCAAUCCUACCUCAACCACCUGCCCCACCCUUCAACCCUUGUGACCCUGACCCCUGCGGCUCCAACACUAUCUGCCGCGUCUCCCUCGACACCUACGUCUGCGAGUGUCGUCCAGGCUUCUUUGGCAACCCUGAUGUUGGGUGUGGACCCGAGUGUGUCCUCAACAGCGACUUACCUCCACAUGUGACCCCUGGUGUGCUGGUGCCAUGCGAGCCUAACCCGUGUGGCCAGAAUGCUGAGUGUCUCCCUGUCAGCCCCAGUGGCGAGUGUCGCUGCCUCCCAGACUACUACGGCAACCCAUAUGACAAGUGCCAGCCAGAGUGCACUACUGACCAACAGUGUCCUUUCUACCUCUCCUGCACCAACCAGAAGUGUGUGGAUCCUUGCCCUGGCACGUGUGGCACCAAUGCUGAGUGCCAGGUGGUGACCCAUGCCCCUGUCUGCUACUGCAGACCGGGCUACACUGGAGACCCCUACAAGGCGUGCCGUGAGGAAAUAGUCACCCCCGCUCCGACACCCGUGGACCGCUGCAGCCCCAGCCCCUGUGGGCCUAACUCCAAAUGCCACAUGACCAAGGGUCGUCCAGUGUGCAAAUGUCUGCCUGGUUACUUUGGUACACCACCCAACUGUCGGCCUCAGUGUAUCGUCAACUCUGACUGUGAGGUAGAGAAGGCCUGCAUAAACCAAGAGUGCCGUGACCCCUGUAAGGGGACAUGUGGCACUGAAGCGCUGUGUGAGGUGGUCAACCACAACCCCAUCUGUUACUGUCCUAGUCAUCUCACAGGCGAUCCCUUCAUACGCUGCUUCGUACCACCCACCGAGACACAUUCAGAAAAGGAGCAGGAAGGAAGCCCCUGUGAUUCUGACCCUUGUGGUCGGGGGGCGGAGUGUAGCGACAAGACAGGUGUUGCCGUGUGCACCUCCCCCGUCACACCGGAUGACCCCUGCUCUCCACCCCCCUGUGGCGCCAAUGCACUCUGCGAGAGAGACGCCAACUCUUACAAGUGCAAGUGUGUCCAGAACUACUUUGGCGACCCAUACACAGAGUGUCGUCCCGAGUGCGUGGUCAACACGGACUGUGCCAGCAACCUAGCCUGUCGUAACCUGAAGUGUAUUGAUCCGUGCCCUGGUACCUGUGGCACCAAUGCCCAGUGUAGCACCGCCAAUCACAACCCGAUCUGCAGCUGUCUUGCUGGCUAUCAAGGCAACCCAUAUGAGAUUUGUCACACCAUUAAAGACGAGAUCCCACUAGAACACCCCGACCCGUGCCUGCCAAACCGAUGUGGGCCCUUCUCGACCUGUCGGGUAGUGAAGAAGCGGCCAGUGUGCGAGUGCCUUGCAGGGUACUACGGUCUUCCUCCUCAGUGCCACCCAGAGUGCAUAACUAACUCGGACUGUCCCAAGUAUCUGGCAUGUGUGAACGAGAAGUGUGUGGACCCGUGUGUAGGCACAUGCAGCCGCCUGGCCCAGUGUCAGGUGGUCAACCACAACCCUCUCUGCUCGUGUCCACGGGGGUACGAUGGUGACCCAUACAUCCAGUGCCACCUUCACACAACCACCCCCACCCCCAUUAUUGUGACCACUCCAGACUACACCUCCCCACUGCCAGUGGUCACCACACCACUUCUGCCCUGCACGCCUAACCCGUGUGGUCACAACGCCCUGUGCUCACCUCGGGGACACAACUUUGAGUGCUCGUGCUCGGAGGGUAUGUUUGGCAACCCAUACAUUGAGUGCCGCGCUGAGUGCGUUGUGGACUCUGACUGCGCCAGGGACAAGGCGUGCGAGAGGAACAAGUGUAUUGACCCAUCUGUGAGCUCGACCCUGCCACCAGUCGUGAAAGGCCAACCCUGCGACCCGUCCCCAUGUGGCCACCUGGCGGAGUGUCAUGAAGAGGCUGGUCGCCCACUCUGUCAGUGCAUCGCGGGCUACUUUGGUGACCCUCACGUUGCCUGCCGACCCACCUGCUCGGCCGAUUCACAGUGUGAUUCUGGGCUAGCGUGUAUUGCCUUCGCUGUGGCAUCAUUAUGCAUCUUACACUUCCCCAUUCUAGUCGAUGACUCGUCUGAGGAGAAAGAGGACAUGUGUGAAGUGUGUGGCCCCAAUACUGACUGUCGUGAGGUGGGAGACCGCCCCGUGUGCACGUGUCGUCCAGGUUUCAUAGGUGCCCCACCAAAUUGUCGUCCAAUUUGUGUGGUGAACGGUGAUUGCCCGGCUACUCUGGCAUGCAACAGACAAAAGUGCAUAGACCCUUGUCCCGGAGCAUGCGGGACAAAUGCCGAGUGCCAGGUCAUCAACCACUCGCCAGUGUGCACCUGCAUCUCAGGCUACACCGGAGAACCAUUCGUCCGAUGCAACCUUAUCCCAAUGGCCGGGACCAGCACCUUGCGACCACUCGAGAAGGAAGACGGCCCAUGUACCAAAGGACCCUGCGGCGCAAAUGCUGAGUGUCGGGUCCAGGAAACCCGUUUUGUGUGUAUCUGCAAGAAAGGCUACUUUGGAAACCCGUACCAGCAGUGCCGACCCGAGUGUGUCAUUAACUCGCAGUGCCCGCAGUACCUGGCAUGUGUCAACCAACAGUGUAAAGACCCGUGCCCGGGCACCUGUGGAAUUGAUGCUAUUUGUGAAGUGAUUAACCACAAUCCAGUGUGCACCUGUCCGAGGACCAUGACUGGGGACCCCUUCAUUCGGUGUGAGCCAUUGGUGCCAUUGGACCCGUGCAACCCUACGCCCUGCGGUCCCAAUGCCAACUGUGGUGUUACUGGCAGCCGGGCUGACUGCUCCUGCUUCCCGGGUUACAUUGGCAACCCGUAUGUGGAGUGCCGUCCCGAGUGCACCAUCAACUCAGACUGCCCCAAGUACCUAGCGUGCGUCAACCAGAAGUGUAGAGACCCCUGUCAGGCCGGGUCAUGCGGCGUCAACGCUCUCUGUAAUGUCAUCAACCACAAGGCCGUGUGCACGUGUCCCCGGAGAUACGACGGUGACCCUCACGUGGAGUGUCGUCUUGCAUCAACGAAGCCCGUCAAAUGCUCCCCGAAUGCAUGCAGCUUUAACACUGAAUGUCGAGUUACUAACAAUGUUCCUAUAUGCUAUUGUCUCCAUGGUUACACAGGCGACCCCGAGCGAGGGUGUUCCCCUGCCACAACUCCUUCCCCGCUUGUAGAGACUCCCCCAGCUCAGCCUUCCCAACCCUUCCAUCCCCCUACUACUCCACCCUCCCCUCCACUCCCACCCACCGAGUGUAAGUCUAACUCACACUGUUCCCCAUCACGGACCUGCAUCAACGAGAGGUGUGUCGACCCUUGCAUCGCCACUCACCCGUGUGCCACAGGUGCCGAUUGCACUGUCAUCCGACACCGGCCAGUCUGCAAGUGUCCCGCAGGGUUCCAAGGCAACCCACUUACUAACUGCUUCCCGAGAACAACUACGCCCAGGCCUGAAUGUCUGACAGAUGUCGACUGUCCGCAAGAUGAGGCUUGUGCUGAACGCCGAUUUUGUGGAGAAAAUGCAGAGUGUCAGACAACAGCACACCGUCCCACUUGCACAUGUCCACCAGGAACCACAGGCAAUCCAAACGUCAAGUGUUCGGCACUUGCUUUCGAUAAACCAGUUCCAAUUGUUCCUGCAGUUGCUGCAGAUAGACCCCCUGUUGCAGAAACACCAGUUCAUCCCAUUGCUGGUCCAAUGGCUACAGGACUGCCUCCUUUGGUGGAGCAGGCAACGCAUCGUCCAACAGAGCCGCCAGUCUCACGACCUCCUCCAGAGCCGAUACGUCCUUUAGUCCUUCUUGCCUGUGAGAACAACGAUGAUUGUGACAUGGCUAAUUCAUGUUUAAACAAACUGUGUUACAGUGUUUGUAGUCUCGGGGUUUGUGGUGAAAACACUGACUGUAAGACUGUUGAUCAUAGACCAGUUUGCCUCUGUCAGCCUGGAACAACUGGAAAUCCACAAAAAGGCUGCAUUGCUGUAAUAACAGAAAAACCAGAUAUUAUUACAAAACCUCCGGUUUCCAAACAACCACAAGUUAGUGUAAUGCCAAUAGACCCUAUUCCUGGUCCUACCUCGCCUCCACCAUCACCACUAACAGAAAAACCAGUUCCUUCAACAACAGAACCUCCAGUUCCACUGCCUCCUGCAAUACCAACUGCUCCACCAAAUGCUGUAGGUUGUGAAAAUACUGACGACUGUCCAAAUGAUAACAGCUGCAUCAAUCGCGUCUGUCUAAACGUAUGUUUCCCUGGUCUGUGUGGUGAGGCUGCUGAUUGUAAUACUGUUGACCACCGACCCACUUGUGUCUGUCCCCCAGGCACGACAGGCAAUCCCACAAAAGAGUGCAAAGCAGUUGCUACUGACGGACUUGUUACCCCAAUUCCAAUUGCUGGCACAUCAAGCUUACCACCUAGUGAGCCAAUUUUACCUGUAUUAGGUCCCACUGCUCCUGCUCCACCACCUUUAGCUGAACGACCAAUAACAAAACCCCCAGAACCGACAAUUCCAAGACCAACACUUCCUCUACUUCUUCCACCAGUUGUCAUUGCAUGUGAGAAUAAUGAUGACUGCACAUCGGAUAACUCUUGCAUCAACAAACAAUGCUAUGAUGUGUGUAGUCUUGGAGUCUGUGGUGAGGACGCAGAAUGUAAGAUUGACAGUCAUCGUCCAGUCUGUAGCUGUCCUCCAGGAACCACGGGAAAUCCUUUACACAAAUGUGUAUCUUCACUGACAGAAAGACCUGCCAUCCAACUACCUCCCAUGGCAGAAAUUAUGCCUACUGAAACUGGCGACCCAAUCCGUCCAUUAACUGGUCCAACAAGUCCAGUUGCUGCAGAUAGACCCCCUGUUGCAGAAACACCAGUUCAUCCCAUUGCUGGUCCAAUGGCUACAGGACUGCCUCCUUUGGUGGAGCAGGCAACGCAUCGUCCAACAGAGCCGCCAGUCUCACGACCUCCUCCACCUCCGAUACGUCCUUUAGGCCUUCUUGCCUGUGAGAACAACGAUGAUUGUGACAUGGCUAAUUCAUGUUUAAACAAACUGUGUUACAGUGUUUGUAGUCUCGGGGUUUGUGGUGAAAACACUGACUGUAAGACUGUUGAUCAUAGACCAGUUUGCCUCUGUCAGCCUGGAACAACUGGAAAUCCACAAAAAGGCUGCAUUGCUGUAAUAACAGAAAAACCAGAUAUUACAAAACCUCCGGUUUCCAAACAACCACUAGAUAGUGUAAUGCCAAUAGACCCAAUUCCUGGUCCUACCUCGCCUCCACCAUCACCACUAACAGAAAAACCAGUUCCUUCAACAACAGAACCUCCAGUUCCACUGCCUCCUGCAAUACCAACUGCUCCACCAAAUGCUGUAGGUUGUGAAAAUACUGACGACUGUCCAAAUGAUAACAGCUGCAUCAAUCGCGUCUGUCUAAACGUAUGUUUCCCUGGUCUGUGUGGUGAGGCUGCUGAUUGUAAUACUGUUGACCACCGACCCACUUGUGUCUGUCCCCCAGGCACGACAGGCAAUCCCACAAAAGAGUGCAAAGCUGUUGCUACUGACGGACUUGUUACCCCAAUUCCAAUUGCUGGCACAUCAAGCUUACCACCUAGUGAGCCAAUUUUACCUGUAUCAGGUCCCACUGCUCCUGCUCCACCACCUUUAGCUGAACGACCAAUAACAAAACCCCCAGAACCGACAAUUCCAAGACCAACACUUCCUCUACUUCUUCCACCAGUUGUCAUUGCAUGUGAGAAUAAUGAUGACUGCACAUCGGAUAACUCUUGCAUCAACAAACAAUGCUAUGAUGUGUGUAGUCUUGGAGUCUGUGGUGAGGACGCAGAAUGUAAGAUUGACAGUCAUCGUCCAGUCUGUAGCUGUCCUCCAGGAACCACGGGAAAUCCUUUACACAAAUGUGUAUCUUCACUGACAGAAAGACCUGCCAUCCAACUACCUCCCAUGGCAGAAAUUAUGCCUACUGAAACUGGCGACCCAGUCCGUCCAUUAACUGGUCCAACAAGUCCAGUUGCUGCAGAUAGACCCCCUGUUGCAGAAACACCAGUUCAUCCCAUUGCUGGUCCAAUGGCUACAGGACUGCCUCCUUUGGUGGAGCAGGCAACGCAUCGUCCAACAGAGCCGCCAGUCUCACGACCUCCUCCACCUCCGAUACGUCCUUUAGGCCUUCUUGCCUGUGAGAACAACGAUGAUUGUGACAUGGCUAAUUCAUGUUUAAACAAACUGUGUUACAGUGUUUGUAGUCUCGGGGUUUGUGGUGAAAACACUGACUGUAAGACUGUUGAUCAUAGACCAGUUUGCCUCUGUCAGCCUGGAACAACUGGAAAUCCACAAAAAGGCUGCAUUGCUGUAAUAACAGAAAAACCAGAUAUUACAAAACCUCCGGUUUCCAAACAACCACUAGAUAGUGUAAUGCCAAUAGACCCAAUUCCUGGUCCUACCUCGCCUCCACCAUCACCACUAACAGAAAAACCAGUUCCUUCAACAACAGAACCUCCAGUUCCACUGCCUCCUGCAAUACCAACUGCUCCACCAAAUGCUGUAGGUUGUGAAAAUACUGACGACUGUCCAAAUGAUAACAGCUGCAUCAAUCGCGUCUGUCUAAACGUAUGUUUCCCUGGUCUGUGUGGUGAGGCUGCUGAUUGUAAUACUGUUGACCACCGACCCACUUGUGUCUGUCCCCCAGGCACGACAGGCAAUCCCACAAAAGAGUGCAAAGCUGUUGCUACUGACGGACUUGUUACCCCAAUUCCAAUUGCUGGCACAUCAAGCUUACCACCUAGUGAGCCAAUUUUACCUGUAUCAGGUCCCACUGCUCCUGCUCCACCACCUUUAGCUGAACGACCAAUAACAAAACCCCCAGAACCGACAAUUCCAAGACCAACACUUCCUCUACUUCUUCCACCAGUUGUCAUUGCAUGUGAGAAUAAUGAUGACUGCACAUCGGAUAACUCUUGCAUCAACAAACAAUGCUAUGAUGUGUGUAGUCUUGGAGUCUGUGGUGAGGACGCAGAAUGUAAGAUUGACAGUCAUCGUCCAGUCUGUAGCUGUCCUCCAGGAACCACGGGAAAUCCUUUACACAAAUGUGUAUCUUCACUGACAGAAAGACCUGCCAUCCAACUACCUCCCAUGGCAGAAAUUAUGCCUACUGAAACUGGCGACCCAGUCCGUCCAUUAACUGGUCCAACAAGUCCAGUUGCUGCAGAUAGACCCCCUGUUGCAGAAACACCAGUUCAUCCCAUUGCUGGUCCAAUGGCUACAGGACUGCCUCCUUUGGUGGAGCAGGCAACGCAUCGUCCAACAGAGCCGCCAGUCUCACGACCUCCUCCACCUCCGAUACGUCCUUUAGUCCUUCUUGCCUGUGAGAACAACGAUGAUUGUGACAUGGCUAAUUCAUGUUUAAACAAACUGUGUUACAGUGUUUGUAGUCUCGGGGUUUGUGGUGAAAACACUGACUGUAAGACUGUUGAUCAUAGACCAGUUUGCCUCUGUCAGCCUGGAACAACUGGAAAUCCACAAAAAGGCUGCAUUGCUGUAAUAACAGAAAAACCAGAUAUUACAAAACCUCCGGUUUCCAAACAACCACUAGAUAGUGUAAUGCCAAUAGACCCAAUUCCUGGUCCUACCUCGCCUCCACCAUCACCACUAACAGAAAAACCAGUUCCUUCAACAACAGAACCUCCAGUUCCACUGCCUCCUGCAAUACCAACUGCUCCACCAAAUGCUGUAGGUUGUGAAAAUACUGACGACUGUCCAAAUGAUAACAGCUGCAUCAAUCGCGUCUGUCUAAACGUAUGUUUCCCUGGUCUGUGUGGUGAGGCUGCUGAUUGUAAUACUGUUGACCACCGACCCACUUGUGUCUGUCCCCCAGGCACGACAGGCAAUCCCACAAAAGAGUGCAAAGCAGUUGCUACUGACGGACUUGUUACCCCAAUUCCAAUUGCUGGCACAUCAAGCUUACCACCUAGUGAGCCAAUUUUACCUGUAUCAGGUCCCACUGCUCCUGCUCCACCACCUUUAGCUGAACGACCAAUAACAAAACCCCCAGAACCGACAAUUCCAAGACCAACACUUCCUCUACUUCUUCCACCAGUUGUCAUUGCAUGUGAGAAUAAUGAUGACUGCACAUCGGAUAACUCUUGCAUCAACAAACAAUGCUAUGAUGUGUGUAGUCUUGGAGUCUGUGGUGAGGACGCAGAAUGUAAGAUUGACAGUCAUCGUCCAGUCUGUAGCUGUCCUCCAGGAACCACGGGAAAUCCUUUACACAAAUGUGUAUCUUCACUGACAGAAAGACCUGCCAUCCAACUACCUCCCAUGGCAGAAAUUAUGCCUACUGAAACUGGCGACCCAAUCCGUCCAUUAACUGGUCCAACAAGUCCAGUUGCUGCAGAUAGACCCCCUGUUGCAGAAACACCAGUUCAUCCCAUUGCUGGUCCAAUGGCUACAGGACUGCCUCCUUUGGUGGAGCAGGCAACGCAUCGUCCAACAGAGCCGCCAGUCUCACGACCUCCUCCACCUCCGAUACGUCCUUUAGGCCUUCUUGCCUGUGAGAACAACGAUGAUUGUGACAUGGCUAAUUCAUGUUUAAACAAACUGUGUUACAGUGUUUGUAGUCUCGGGGUUUGUGGUGAAAACACUGACUGUAAGACUGUUGAUCAUAGACCAGUUUGCCUCUGUCAGCCUGGAACAACUGGAAAUCCACAAAAAGGCUGCAUUGCUGUAAUAACAGAAAAACCAGAUAUUACAAAACCUCCGGUUUCCAAACAACCACUAGAUAGUGUAAUGCCAAUAGACCCAAUUCCUGGUCCUACCUCGCCUCCACCAUCACCACUAACAGAAAAACCAGUUCCUUCAACAACAGAACCUCCAGUUCCACUGCCUCCUGCAAUACCAACUGCUCCACCAAAUGCUGUAGGUUGUGAAAAUACUGACGACUGUCCAAAUGAUAACAGCUGCAUCAAUCGCGUCUGUCUAAACGUAUGUUUCCCUGGUCUGUGUGGUGAGGCUGCUGAUUGUAAUACUGUUGACCACCGACCCACUUGUGUCUGUCCCCCAGGCACGACAGGCAAUCCCACAAAAGAGUGCAAAGCUGUUGCUACUGACGGACUUGUUACCCCAAUUCCAAUUGCUGGCACAUCAAGCUUACCACCUAGUGAGCCAAUUUUACCUGUAUCAGGUCCCACUGCUCCUGCUCCACCACCUUUAGCUGAACGACCAAUAACAAAACCCCCAGAACCGACAAUUCCAAGACCAACACUUCCUCUACUUCUUCCACCAGUUGUCAUUGCAUGUGAGAAUAAUGAUGACUGCACAUCGGAUAACUCUUGCAUCAACAAACAAUGCUAUGAUGUGUGUAGUCUUGGAGUCUGUGGUGAGGACGCAGAAUGUAAGAUUGACAGUCAUCGUCCAGUCUGUAGCUGUCCUCCAGGAACCACGGGAAAUCCUUUACACAAAUGUGUAUCUUCACUGACAGAAAGACCUGCCAUCCAACUACCUCCCAUGGCAGAAAUUAUGCCUACUGAAACUGGCGACCCAGUCCGUCCAUUAACUGGUCCAACAAGUCCAGUUGCUGCAGAUAGACCCCCUGUUGCAGAAACACCAGUUCAUCCCAUUGCUGGUCCAAUGGCUACAGGACUGCCUCCUUUGGUGGAGCAGGCAACGCAUCGUCCAACAGAGCCGCCAGUCUCACGACCUCCUCCACCUCCGAUACGUCCUUUAGGCCUUCUUGCCUGUGAGAACAACGAUGAUUGUGACAUGGCUAAUUCAUGUUUAAACAAACUGUGUUACAGUGUUUGUAGUCUCGGGGUUUGUGGUGAAAACACUGACUGUAAGACUGUUGAUCAUAGACCAGUUUGCCUCUGUCAGCCUGGAACAACUGGAAAUCCACAAAAAGGCUGCAUUGCUGUAAUAACAGAAAAACCAGAUAUUACAAAACCUCCGGUUUCCAAACAACCACUAGAUAGUGUAAUGCCAAUAGACCCAAUUCCUGGUCCUACCUCGCCUCCACCAUCACCACUAACAGAAAAACCAGUUCCUUCAACAACAGAACCUCCAGUUCCACUGCCUCCUGCAAUACCAACUGCUCCACCAAAUGCUGUAGGUUGUGAAAAUACUGACGACUGUCCAAAUGAUAACAGCUGCAUCAAUCGCGUCUGUCUAAACGUAUGUUUCCCUGGUCUGUGUGGUGAGGCUGCUGAUUGUAAUACUGUUGACCACCGACCCACUUGUGUCUGUCCCCCAGGCACGACAGGCAAUCCCACAAAAGAGUGCAAAGCUGUUGCUACUGACGGACUUGUUACCCCAAUUCCAAUUGCUGGCACAUCAAGCUUACCACCUAGUGAGCCAAUUUUACCUGUAUCAGGUCCCACUGCUCCUGCUCCACCACCUUUAGCUGAACGACCAAUAACAAAACCCCCAGAACCGACAAUUCCAAGACCAACACUUCCUCUACUUCUUCCACCAGUUGUCAUUGCAUGUGAGAAUAAUGAUGACUGCACAUCGGAUAACUCUUGCAUCAACAAACAAUGCUAUGAUGUGUGUAGUCUUGGAGUCUGUGGUGAGGACGCAGAAUGUAAGAUUGACAGUCAUCGUCCAGUCUGUAGCUGUCCUCCAGGAACCACGGGAAAUCCUUUACACAAAUGUGUAUCUUCACUGACAGAAAGACCUGCCAUCCAACUACCUCCCAUGGCAGAAAUUAUGCCUACUGAAACUGGCGACCCAGUCCGUCCAUUAACUGGUCCAACAAGUCCAGUUGCUGGAGAUAGACCCCCUGUUGCAGAAACACCAGUUCAUCCCAUUGCUGGUCCAAUGGCUACAGGACUGCCUCCUUUGGUGGAGCAGGCAACGCAUCGUCCAACAGAGCCGCCAGUCUCACGACCUCCUCCACCUCCGAUACGUCCUUUAGGCCUUCUUGCCUGUGAGAACAACGAUGAUUGUGACAUGGCUAAUUCAUGUUUAAACAAACUGUGUUACAGUGUUUGUAGUCUCGGGGUUUGUGGUGAAAACACUGACUGUAAGACUGUUGAUCAUAGACCAGUUUGCCUCUGUCAGCCUGGAACAACUGGAAAUCCACAAAAAGGCUGCAUUGCUGUAAUAACAGAAAAACCAGAUAUUACAAAACCUCCGGUUUCCAAACAACCACCAGAUAGUGUAAUGCCAAUAGACCCAAUUCCUGGUCCUACCUCGCCUCCACCAUCACCACUAACAGAAAAACCAGUUCCUUCAACAACAGAACCUCCAGUUCCACUGCCUCCUGCAAUACCAACAGCUCCACCAAAUGCUGUAGGUUGUGAAAAUACUGACGACUGUCCAAAUGAUAACAGCUGCAUCAAUCGCGUCUGUCUAAACGUAUGUUUCCCUGGUCUGUGUGGUGAGGCUGCUGAUUGUAAUACUGUUGACCACCGACCCACUUGUGUCUGUCCCCCAGGCACGACAGGCAAUCCCACAAAAGAGUGCAAAGCUGUUGCUACUGACGGACUUGUUACCCCAAUUCCAAUUGCUGGCACAUCAAGCUUACCACCUAGUGAGCCAAUUUUACCUGUAUCAGGUCCCACUGCUCCUGCUCCACCACCUUUAGCUGAACGACCAAUAACAAAACCCCCAGAACCGACAAUUCCAAGACCAACACUUCCUCUACUUCUUCCACCAGUUGUCAUUGCAUGUGAGAAUAAUGAUGACUGCACAUCGGAUAACUCUUGUAUCAACAAACAAUGCUAUGAUGUGUGUAGUCUUGGAGUCUGUGGUGAGGACGCAGAAUGUAAGAUUGACAGUCAUCGUCCAGUCUGUAGCUGUCCUCCAGGAACCACGGGAAAUCCUUUACACAAAUGUGUAUCUUCACUGACAGAAAGACCUGCCAUCCAACUACCUCCCAUGGCAGAAAUUAUGCCUACUGAAACUGGCGACCCAGUCCGUCCAUUAACUGGUCCAACAAGUCCAGUUGCUGGAGAUAGACCCCCUGUUGCAGAAACACCAGUUCAUCCCAUUGCUGGUCCAAUGGCUACAGGACUGCCUCCUUUGGUGGAGCAGGCAACGCAUCGUCCAACAGAGCCGCCAGUCUCACGACCUCCUCCACCUCCGAUACGUCCUUUAGGCCUUCUUGCCUGUGAGAACAACGAUGAUUGUGACAUGGCUAAUUCAUGUUUAAACAAACUGUGUUACAGUGUUUGUAGUCUCGGGGUUUGUGGUGAAAACACUGACUGUAAGACUGUUGAUCAUAGACCAGUUUGCCUCUGUCAGCCUGGAACAACUGGAAAUCCACAAAAAGGCUGCAUUGCUGUAAUAACAGAAAAACCAGAUAUUACAAAACCUCCGGUUUCCAAACAACCACUAGAUAGUGUAAUGCCAAUAGACCCAAUUCCUGGUCCUACCUCGCCUCCACCAUCACCACUAACAGAAAAACCAGUUCCUUCAACAACAGAACCUCCAGUUCCACUGCCUCCUGCAAUACCAACAGCUCCACCAAAUGCUGUAGGUUGUGAAAAUACUGACGACUGUCCAAAUGAUAACAGCUGCAUCAAUCGCGUCUGUCUAAACGUAUGUUUCCCUGGUCUGUGUGGUGAGGCUGCUGAUUGUAAUACUGUUGACCACCGACCCACUUGUGUCUGUCCCCCAGGCACGACAGGCAAUCCCACAAAAGAGUGCAAAGCUGUUGCUACUGACGGACUUGUUACCCCAAUUCCAAUUGCUGGCACAUCAAGCUUACCACCUAGUGAGCCAAUUUUACCUGUAUCAGGUCCCACUGCUCCUGCUCCACCACCUUUAGCUGAACGACCAAUAACAAAACCCCCAGAACCGACAAUUCCAAGACCAACACUUCCUCUACUUCUUCCACCAGUUGUCAUUGCAUGUGAGAAUAAUGAUGACUGCACAUCGGAUAACUCUUGCAUCAACAAACAAUGCUAUGAUGUGUGUAGUCUUGGAGUCUGUGGUGAGGACGCAGAAUGUAAGAUUGACAAUCAUCGUCCAGUCUGUAGCUGUCCUCCAGGAACCACGGGAAAUCCUUUACACAAAUGUGUAUCUUCACUGACAGAAAGACCUGCCAUCCAACUACCUCCCAUGGCAGAAAUUAUUCCUACUGAAACUGGCGACCCAUGCCCUCAAGGAACUACUGGUAACCCAACACUAAAAUGCUCUGUUCUUGAGGUGGAUACACCUAUUCUGCCCACCCCUCCGGCUGCUGGAGAAAAGUUUCCAGAUGCAGAGGCAAUCAUCCAUCCUGUUGUGGGUCCAACAGCUACCGUACAUCCUCCUUUGGCCGAGUACCCAACACAUCAUCCCCCACCGACACCUACACGACCUCCCCCUUCUACUGUUACUCCGUCAGUUAUCAUUGCAUGUGCAAACAAUGAUGAUUGUGACAUGGGUAAGUCUUGCAUCAACAUGUUAUGUUAUGAUGUAUGCAGUCUGAACUCUUGUGGUGAAGAUGCUCACUGUCAGAGCGUGAGCCACAGACCAGUGUGUCUGUGCCCCCUUGGAACUACGGGAGAUCCUCAGGUUGGCUGCACAGCCACUGCUACAGAAAGGAUUACAACUCUUCCCCCAAUCACAGGCAUACCACCACAGAAAGAAGACAUUUCCAUACAACUCCAUACUGGCCCAACGUCAGAAAUGCCACCUCCAGUUGCAGAAUAUACAACCAUCAGGCCUCCUGAGCCUAUAUUCACUGUACUGCCUCCAGUUCCCACUCCUCCACCAGUAACUAUUGGGUGUGAAAGCAAUAGUCACUGUCCAUAUGAUAAUACGUGUGUGAAUCGAUUUUGUCUUAACGUGUGUACUCCUGGUUUGUGUGGAGAAAAUGCUGCUUGCCAAACUCUAGGUCAUAGACCUUCUUGUAGUUGCUAUCCUGGAACAACAGGAAAUCCUACGCAACAGUGCACUGCCCUGAUGACGGAAAGACCUACAACAGCGUCACCUGUGUCUCAGAUGCAACACCCACCAGAUGAUCCAAUCAUUAUACCAGAGAAAGGUCCAACCACCACUUCACUCCCUCCACUGACAGAAGUUCCUGCAAUUGGACCCCCUGAACCUCCUACACCUCCACCUCUACACUAUCCAAUUAUUCCUGAAAUUGCAAUUGCUUGCCGUAACAAUGAUGACUGCACUUUGGACUCCUCUUGUAUUAACAACUUUUGCUAUGAUGUGUGCAGUCUUGGAAUUUGUGAAGACAGCGCCAAAUGUAAAGUUGACAAUCAUCGUCCAGUCUGUAGCUGUCCUCCAGGAACCACGGGAAAUCCUCUUAAAAAAUGUGUGUCUUUACAGACAGAAAGACCAGCAACCCAACAACCUCCCAUGGCAGAAAUUAUGCCUACUGAACCUGGCGACCCAGUACGUCCAUUACCUGCACCAACAAGUCCAGAGUGUCAGACAACUGGACACCGUCCCACUUGCACAUGUCCACCAGGAACCAUAGGCAAUCCUACCAUUAAAUGCUCGGCUCUUGCUGUGGAUAAACCAGUUUCUCCAGCUCCUCCAAUUGCAGGGGAUAGACCUCCUGCAGCAGAGAUAACUAUCCUUCCCAUUUCAGGUCCCUCAACCACAGUACUUCCUCCUCUAUUGGAACAGCCAACACACCCUCCUCCUGAGCCAUCAGUGUCUAGUCCUCCCUUACCUCACUUAAUUCCUUCUAUUUCUAUAGCAUGUGAAAAUAAUGAUGGUUGUGAUUAUGAUAACACCUGCCUUAAUAUGCUGUGCUAUGAUGCAUGUAGUGUUGGGGUAUGUGGGGAGUCUGCUGAGUGCAGAACUGUUAGUCAUAGACCUGUGUGUCUUUGUCCGCCUGGCACAACUGGAAAUCCACAAAUUCAAUGCAAAGCUUUAAUUGUUGAAAGUUCAUCAACAGCGCCUCCAAUUGCUGAGGUGCCGCUUACACCUCAAGAAUCCAUUCGUCCAAUUUCAGAUACAACUCAUCGACCCUCACCAAUAGUAGAAACACCCGAACCUAGACCUCAGGAGCCUACAACCGCUCAGCCGACAUCGACCUUCUCACAACCGCCAAUCAUCGUUGGGUGUGAAAAGAACGACCAGUGUGGCUCCGACUCCACCUGCGUCAAUCGACUCUGCACGGACAUCUGUAGUCCGAAAUUGUGUGCCGAGAAUGCCCAUUGCCAAACAAUUCGACAUCGGCCAACAUGUUUAUGCCCAGUUGGUACCACUGGCAAUCCCACAGAAGGUUGUGUGUCUAUGGCAACUGACAGACCAAUAAUUGAGGCACCCAUAACAGGAACACCUCAGCAGCCAGAACACCACCCAGUACAUCCUGUAAUGGGCUCCCCAACAACUCCACUUCCUCCACUAGCUGAAACACUCACACCAAGACCUCCAACACCAGACUUUACAACACCUCUUUCACAUGCUAUUACUCCCGUCAUUGCAAUUGCUUGUGGGAAUAAUGAUGACUGUACAAUGGACAGCUCUUGUAUAAACAAACUUUGCUAUGAUGUGUGUAGUUUAGGAGUCUGUGGCGACGACGCAGAGUGCAAGGUAAAAAGUCACCGUCCAUACUGUAGCUGUCCUCCAGGAACCACGGGAAAUCCUCUUAAAAAAUGUGUGUCUUUACAGACAGACAGACCUGAUAUCCUACUACCUCCCAUGAAAGAAAUUAUACCUCCAGAACCUGGCGACCCAGUCCGUCCAUUACCUGGACCAACAAGUCCAGUGCAUAAACCUGUUUCUUCAGCUCCUCCGGUUUCCGGAGGUAAACCGGUUUCUGAAGAAGAGACAACCAUCCAUAUCAUCUCAGGUUCCAUAGCCACAGUACUUCCUCCUCUAGCAGAGUACCCAACACAUCCUCCUCCACAGCCUCCAAUCAAAAGACCUCUGCCACCUACAAUAGCUCCUCUAUUAACAGUUGCCUGUAAAAACAAUGAUGACUGUGACAUGGAACAUUCAUGCCUGAACACACUUUGUUACGACGUUUGCAGUCUUGGAGUUUGUGGCGAUAACUCUGAUUGCAGGUCGAUCAAUCACAGACCGGUGUGCCUUUGUCCACCUGGGACAACUGGAAACCCACAAGUAGAUUGCAAAGCAUAUGCGACAGAAAAGCCUGACAUUACCACCCAACGUCCCAGUGUUGAACUGCUUCCAACUAGUGACCCACCAAUCCGCCCACUUGCUAGUCCUACAUCACCAAAACCACCACCUGUAGCUGAAGCUCCAGUUCCACCACCUACAGAACCUCCAGUUCCACUGCCUCCUGCAAUACCAACUGCUCCACCAAAUGCUGUAGGAUGUGAGAGCACUGAUAAUUGUCCCUUUGAAACUAGCUGCAUCAAUCGCAUCUGUCUAGACAUCUGUCACCCUGGUCUGUGUGGUGAGGCUGCUGACUGUAAGACCGUGGACCACAGACCCACCUGUGUCUGUCCUCCAGGCACGACAGGCAAUCCCACGCAGAAGUGUAUAGCUGUCGCUACCGACAGGCCUGUUACCCACAGUCCAGUGGCAGGUACUUCAGUGUUACCGCCUGGAGAGCCAGUUUUACCGGCACCAGGUCUCACCUCUCCUGCUCCACCACCUUUAGCUGAACGGCCAACAACACCACCUCCAGAACCGACAAUUCCAAGACCAACUCUUUCUCCAAUCACUCCACCAUUUGUCAUUGCAUGUAAGAAUAAUGAUGACUGCACACAAGACAACUCUUGCAUCAAUAAACAAUGCUAUGAUGUGUGCAGUCUUGGAGUCUGUGGCGAGGACGCAGACUGUAAGAUCGACAAUCAUCGUCCAGUCUGUAGCUGUCCUCCAGGAACCACGGGAAAUCCUUUGCGACAAUGUGUGUCUUUACUGAUAGAAAGACCAGCAACCCAACAAUCUCCCAUGGCAGAAAUUGUGCCUACUCAACCUGACGACCCAGUACGUCCAUUACCUGCACCAACAAGUCCAGGAACCAUCGGUAAUCCCACCAUUAAAUGCUCGGCUCUUGCUGUGGAUAAACCAGUUCCACCGACUAGUCCGGUUGCUGGAGAGAGACCUCCUGGAGCAGAAACAAUCAUAAGUCCAAUUCCAGGUCCCACAGGAACAAUACUUCCUCCUAUAGCCGAGGAGCCAAAACGCCCACCUACAGAACCACCAACAUCACGACCGCUUCCACCUGCAAUUGUUCCUCUAGGUUCAGUUGCUUGUAAAAACAAUGAUGACUGUGACAUGGACAAUUCAUGCCUGAACCAAAUUUGUUACAAUGUUUGUAGCCUGAGCAUUUGCGGUGAACAAUCAGAAUGUGUGAGUAUCAAUCACAGACCAGUGUGCCUUUGUCAACCUGGAACAACUGGAAAUCCACAAGCAGGAUGCAAAGCAAUUGCGACAGAAAAGCCUGACAUUACCACCCAACGUCCCAGUGUUGAACUGCUUCCAACUAGUGACUCACCAAUCCGCCCACUUGCUAGUCCUACAUCACCAAAACCACAACCUUUAGCUGAAGCUCCAGUUCCACCACCUACAGAACCUCCAGUUCCACUGCCUCCUGCAAUACCAACUGCUCCACCAAAUGCUGUAGGAUGUGAGAGCACUGAUAAUUGUCCCUUUGAAACUAGCUGCAUCAAUCGCAUCUGUCUAGACAUCUGUCACCCUGGUCUGUGUGGUGAGGCUGCUGACUGUAAGACCGUAGACCACAGACCCACCUGUGUCUGUCCUCCAGGCACGACAGGCAAUCCCACGCAGAAGUGUACAGCUGUCGCUACCGACAGGCCUGUUACCCACAGUCCAGUGGCAGGUACUUCAGUGUUACCGCCUGGAGAGCCAGUUUUUCCGGCACCAGGUCUCACCUCUCCUGCUCCACCACCUUUAGCUGAACGGCCAACAACACCACCUCCAGAACCGACAAUUCCAAGACCAACUCUUUCUCCAAUCACUCCACCAUUUGUCAUUGCAUGUAAGAAUAAUGAUGACUGCACACAAGACAACUCUUGCAUCAAUAAACAAUGCUAUGAUGUGUGCAGUCUUGGAGUCUGUGGCGAGGACGCAGACUGUAAGAUCGACAAUCAUCGUCCAGUCUGUAGCUGUCCUCCAGGAACCACGGGAAAUCCUUUGCGACAAUGUGUGUCUUUACUGAUAGAAAGACCAGCAACCCAACAACCUCCCAUGGCAGAAAUUGUGCCUACUCAACCUGGCGACCCAGUACGUCCAUUACCUGCACCAACAAGUCCAGGAACCAUCGGUAAUCCCACCAUUAAAUGCUCGGCUCUUGCUGUGGAUAAACCAGUUCCACCGACUAGUCCGGUUGCUGGAGAGAGACCUCCUGGAGCAGAAACAAUCAUAAGUCCAAUUCCAGGUCCCACAGGAACAAUACUUCCUCCUAUAGCCGAGGAGCCAAAACGCCCACCUACAGAACCACCAACAUCACGACCGCUUCCACCUGCAAUUGUUCCUCUAGGUUCAGUUGCUUGUAAAAACAAUGAUGACUGUGACAUGGACAAUUCAUGCCUGAACCAAAUUUGUUACAAUGUUUGUAGCCUGAGCAUUUGCGGUGAACAAUCAGAAUGUGUGAGUAUCAAUCACAGACCAGUGUGCCUUUGUCAACCUGGAACAACUGGAAAUCCACAAGCAGGAUGCAAAGCAAUUGCGACAGAAAAGCCUGACAUUACCACCCAACGUCCCAGUGUUGAACUGCUUCCAACUAGUGACUCACCAAUCCGCCCACUUGCUAGUCCUACAUCACCAAAACCACAACCUUUAGCUGAAGCUCCAGUUCCACCACCUACAGAACCUCCAGUUCCACUGCCUCCUGCAAUACCAACUGCUCCACCAAAUGCUGUAGGAUGUGAGAGCACUGAUAAUUGUCCCUUUGAAACUAGCUGCAUCAAUCGCAUCUGUCUAGACAUCUGUCACCCUGGUCUGUGUGGUGAGGCUGCUGACUGUAAGACCGUAGACCACAGACCCACCUGUGUCUGUCCUCCAGGCACGACAGGCAAUCCCACGCAGAAGUGUAUAGCUGUCGCUACCGACAGGCCUGUUACCCACAGUCCAGUGGCAGGUACUUCAGUGUUACCGCCUGGAGAGCCAGUUUUUCCGGCACCAGGUCUCACCUCUCCUGCUCCACCACCUUUAGCUGAACGGCCAACAACACCACCUCCAGAACCGACAAUUCCAAGACCAACUCUUUCUCCAAUCACUCCACCAUUUGUCAUUGCAUGUAAGAAUAAUGAUGACUGCACACAAGACAACUCUUGCAUCAAUAAACAAUGCUAUGAUGUGUGCAGUCUUGGAGUCUGUGGCGAGGACGCAGACUGUAAGAUCGACAAUCAUCGUCCAGUCUGUAGCUGUCCUCCAGGAACCACGGGAAAUCCUUUGCGACAAUGUGUGUCUUUACUGAUAGAAAGACCAGCAACCCAACAACCUCCCAUGGCAGAAAUUGUGCCUACUCAACCUGGCGACCCAGUACGUCCAUUACCUGCACCAACAAGUCCAGGAACCAUCGGUAAUCCCACCAUUAAAUGCUCGGCUCUUGCUGUGGAUAAACCAGUUCCACCGACUAGUCCGGUUGCUGGAGAGAGACCUCCUGGAGCAGAAACAAUCAUAAGUCCAAUUCCAGGUCCCACAGGAACAAUACUUCCUCCUAUAGCCGAGGAGCCAAAACGCCCACCUACAGAACCACCAACAUCACGACCGCUUCCACCUGCAAUUGUUCCUCUAGGUUCAGUUGCUUGUAAAAACAAUGAUGACUGUGACAUGGACAAUUCAUGCCUGAACCAAAUUUGUUACAAUGUUUGUAGCCUGAGCAUUUGCGGUGAACAAUCAGAAUGUGUGAGUAUCAAUCACAGACCAGUGUGCCUUUGUCAACCUGGAACAACUGGAAAUCCACAAGCAGGAUGCAAAGCAAUUGCGACAGAAAAGCCUGACAUUACCACCCAACGUCCCAGUGUUGAACUGCUUCCAACUAGUGACUCACCAAUCCGCCCACUUGCUAGUCCUACAUCACCAAAACCACAACCUUUAGCUGAAGCUCCAGUUCCACCACCUACAGAACCUCCAGUUCCACUGCCUCCUGCAAUACCAACUGCUCCACCAAAUGCUGUAGGAUGUGAGAGCACUGAUAAUUGUCCCUUUGAAACUAGCUGCAUCAAUCGCAUCUGUCUAGACAUCUGUCACCCUGGUCUGUGUGGUGAGGCUGCUGACUGUAAGACCGUGGACCACAGACCCACCUGUGUCUGUCCUCCAGGCACGACAGGCAAUCCCACGCAGAAGUGUAUAGCUGUCGCUACCGACAGGCCUGUUACCCACAGUCCAGUGGCAGAUACUUCAGUGUUACCGCCUGGAGAGCCAGUUUUUCCGGCACCAGGUCUCACCUCUCCUGCUCCACCACCUUUAGCUGAACGGCCAACAACACCACCUCCAGAACCGACAAUUCCAAGACCAACUCCUGAUCCAAUCACUCUACCAGUUGUCAUUGCAUGUAAGAAUAAUGAUGACUGCACACAAGACAACUCUUGCAUCAAUAAACAUUGCUAUGAUGUGUGCAGUCUUGGAGUCUGUGGCGAGGACGCAGAAUGUAAGAUCGACAAUCAUCGUCCAGUCUGUAGCUGUCCUCCAGGAACCACGGGAAAUCCUUUGCGACAAUGUGUGUCUUUACUGAUAGAAAGACCAGCAACCCAACAAUCUCCCAUGGCAGAAAUUGUGCCUACUCAACCUGACGACCCAGUACGUCCAUUACCUGCACCAACAAGUCCAGGAACCAUCGGUAAUCCCACCAUUAAAUGCUCGGCUCUUGCUGUGGAUAAACCAGUUCCACCGACUAGUCCGGUUGCUGGAGAGAGACCUCCUGGAGCAGAAACAAUCAUAAGUCCAAUUCCAGGUCCCACAGGAACAAUACUUCCUCCUAUAGCCGAGGAGCCAAAACGCCCACCUACAGAACCACCAACAUCACGACCGCUUCCACCUGCAAUUGUUCCUCUAGGUUCAGUUGCUUGUAAAAACAAUGAUGACUGUGACAUGGACAAUUCAUGCCUGAACCAAAUUUGUUACAAUGUUUGUAGCCUGAGCAUUUGCGGUGAACAAUCAGAAUGUGUGAGUAUCAAUCACAGACCAGUGUGCCUUUGUCAACCUGGAACAACUGGAAAUCCACAAGCAGGAUGCAAAGCAAUUGCGACAGAAAAGCCUGACAUUACCACCCAACGUCCCAGUGUUGAACUGCUUCCAACUAGUGACUCACCAAUCCGCCCACUUGCUAGUCCUACAUCACCAAAACCACAACCUUUAGCUGAAGCUCCAGUUCCACCACCUACAGAACCUCCAGUUCCACUGCCUCCUGCAAUACCAACUGCUCCACCAAAUGCUGUAGGAUGUGAGAGCACUGAUAAUUGUCCCUUUGAAACUAGCUGCAUCAAUCGCAUCUGUCUAGACAUCUGUCACCCUGGUCUGUGUGGUGAGGCUGCUGACUGUAAGACCGUAGACCACAGACCCACCUGUGUCUGUCCUCCAGGCACGACAGGCAAUCCCACGCAGAAGUGUAUAGCUGUCGCUACCGACAGGCCUGUUACCCACAGUCCAGUGGCAGGUACUUCAGUGUUACCGCCUGGAGAGCCAGUUUUUCCGGCACCAGGUCUCACCUCUCCUGCUCCACCACCUUUAGCUGAACGGCCAACAACACCACCUCCAGAACCGACAAUUCCAAGACCAACUCUUUCUCCAAUCACUCCACCAUUUGUCAUUGCAUGUAAGAAUAAUGAUGACUGCACACAAGACAACUCUUGCAUCAAUAAACAAUGCUAUGAUGUGUGCAGUCUUGGAGUCUGUGGCGAGGACGCAGACUGUAAGAUCGACAAUCAUCGUCCAGUCUGUAGCUGUCCUCCAGGAACCACGGGAAAUCCUUUGCGACAAUGUGUGUCUUUACUGAUAGAAAGACCAGCAACCCAACAACCUCCCAUGGCAGAAAUUGUGCCUACUCAACCUGGCGACCCAGUACGUCCAUUACCUGCACCAACAAGUCCAGGAACCAUCGGUAAUCCCACCAUUAAAUGCUCGGCUCUUGCUGUGGAUAAACCAGUUCCACCGACUAGUCCGGUUGCUGGAGAGAGACCUCCUGGAGCAGAAACAAUCAUAAGUCCAAUUCCAGGUCCCACAGGAACAAUACUUCCUCCUAUAGCCGAGGAGCCAAAACGCCCACCUACAGAACCACCAACAUCACGACCGCUUCCACCUGCAAUUGUUCCUCUAGGUUCAGUUGCUUGUAAAAACAAUGAUGACUGUGACAUGGACAAUUCAUGCCUGAACCAAAUUUGUUACAAUGUUUGUAGCCUGAGCAUUUGCGGUGAACAAUCAGAAUGUGUGAGUAUCAAUCACAGACCAGUGUGCCUUUGUCAACCUGGAACAACUGGAAAUCCACAAGCAGGAUGCAAAGCAAUUGCGACAGAAAAGCCUGACAUUACCACCCAACGUCCCAGUGUUGAACUGCUUCCAACUAGUGACUCACCAAUCCGCCCACUUGCUAGUCCUACAUCACCAAAACCACAACCUUUAGCUGAAGCUCCAGUUCCACCACCUACAGAACCUCCAGUUCCACUGCCUCCUGCAAUACCAACUGCUCCACCAAAUGCUGUAGGAUGUGAGAGCACUGAUAAUUGUCCCUUUGAAACUAGCUGCAUCAAUCGCAUCUGUCUAGACAUCUGUCACCCUGGUCUGUGUGGUGAGGCUGCUGACUGUAAGACCGUGGACCACAGACCCACCUGUGUCUGUCCUCCAGGCACGACAGGCAAUCCCACGCAGAAGUGUAUAGCUGUCGCUACCGACAGGCCUGUUACCCACAGUCCAGUGGCAGGUACUUCAGUGUUACCGCCUGGAGAGCCAGUUUUUCCGGCACCAGGUCUCACCUCUCCUGCUCCACCACCUUUAGCUGAACGGCCAACAACACCACCUCCAGAACCGACAAUUCCAAGACCAACUCUUUCUCCAAUCACUCCACCAGUUGUCAUUGCAUGUAAGAAUAAUGAUGACUGCACACAAGACAACUCUUGCAUCAAUAAACAUUGCUAUGAUGUGUGCAGUCUUGGAGUCUGUGGCGAGGACGCAGAAUGUAAGAUCGACAAUCAUCGUCCAGUCUGUAGCUGUCCUCCAGGAACCACGGGAAAUCCUUUGCGAGAAUGUGUGUCUUUACUGAUAGAAAGACCAGCAACCCAACAACCUCCCAUGGCAGAAAUUGUGCCUACUCAACCUGGCGACCCAGUACGUCCAUUACCUGCACCAACAAGUCCAGGAACCAUUGGUAAUCCCAAUAUUAAAUGCUCGGCUCUUGCUGUGGAUAAACCAGUUCCUCCGACUAGUCCGGUUGCUGGAGAUAGACUUCCUGGAGCAGAUACAAUCAUAAGUCCAAUUCCAGGUCCCACAGGAACAAUACUUCCUCCUAUAGGCGAGGAGCCAAAACGCCCACCUACAGAACCACCAACAUCACGACCGGUUCCACCUGCAAUUGUUCCUCUAGGUUCAGUUGCUUGUAAAAACAAUGAUGACUGUGGCAUGGACAAUUCAUGCCUGAACCAAAUUUGUUACAAUGUUUGCAGCCUAGGCAUUUGUGGUGAAGAUGCCGAUUGCAAAAUUUUAUAUCACAGGCCAGUAUGUCUGUGUCCACCUGGUACAACAGGAAAUCCACAGCAAAGAUGCUCUUCUAUAGGCACUGUUCGACCUGAAACUGAACCACCAAUAGCCAAGAUAACACCAGCACCUCCUGGUGAACCUACGAGACCUGUUGCAGGUGUUAGCGUAGAUCCCUUGCCCCCUCUGGUGUCUAAGCCUCCACCCAGCCCUACGGAGCCCCCUCUACCAGUAGUACCCAAGGUGCCCACUCCUCCACCUCUUCCUAUUGGCUGCACCAGCAAUGAUGAGUGUCCAUUUGAUAACACUUGUGUUAACAAACUGUGCUUUGACGUAUGUUAUCCUGGGUUGUGUGGUAUCAAUGCCAAUUGUGAGACAACAGGGCAUCGGCCCUCUUGUGUGUGCCCCAGUGGUACCAGCGGGAAUCCUACCAUAGAGUGCAUAGCUCAAGCUACGGAGAGCCCAGAGGAGCCUUCACCUCCCAUGGGUCACAGCACUCCUCAUUCACCUCAUGAACCAGAGGUGCCCAUUCAACCACCUGCAUCCCCCAGGCCUCCACCUUUAGUAGAGAUGCCCACCACAACACCUGAACCUCUGACACCGAGGCCCCCAAUACCUCCUAUUCAGCCUCAUAUUGUUAUCGCUUGCAAAAACAAUGAUGAAUGCCCUAUAGACAACUCCUGUCUCAACCACAUAUGUUAUGAUGUCUGUGCUUUGGGUAUCUGCGGAGAGAAUGCUGCCUGCCAGAUCUUCAAUCACCGUCCUGUUUGUGAGUGCCCCCAAGGCACAAGUGGCACUCCUACAGACGGCUGCCAGGCAGUGCUUGUAGAGCACACAACGCCCCUCACGCCCACCAUGGAAACUCCACCACCAUUGAUAGACAAGCCAAUCAUGCCAGUGGCGACACCGGGCUCAAGCCCCCCACCACCACUGGCUGAGGUAGGAACACCCAAGCCAUCCCCACCUCCUGUUAUCAGACCCCCGCCUCCGCCUACAGCUUCUCCUUUAGCAGUUGGGUGUGAAAGUACAGAUCAAUGUCCAUAUGACAAUUCGUGUGUCAAUCAGCUGUGUCUUGAUGUGUGUCAUCCAGCCCUGUGUGGUGAAAAUGCUGAAUGUCAGACAAGAGCACAUAAGAUAGAGUGCAGAUGUCCUCCAGGCACCACUGGGAACCCCACACUCAAGUGUUCAGCAUUAGCUGUGGUGGGGCCGACGACGACGCCGCCUCCAAUGAUUGGGGAUCACACACCGCUGCCACAGCAGCCUCUGCAGCCUGGGAUAGGACCCAUCUCCACUCCUCUUCCACCCAUUGCCCUGUUCCCUUCCACACAGCCGCCAGAGCCGCCACUCCCCACCCCUCCACCUCAACCCAUUUUCCCACAAAUAUUAAUAGCCUGUAAGAAUAACGAUGACUGUAACUUGGACAACUCCUGCAUCAACCUCCUGUGCUACCCUGUCUGCUCUCUGGGAAUAUGUGGACAAAAUGCAGAAUGCAAGACCCUAGAACACCGAGCCAUCUGCGUGUGUCCCAGUGGCACCACAGGCGACCCCCAGCAACAUUGCCAAGCUUUAAUUACAGAGGUUCCACCCACCUUACCCCCACCCUUCGGGGAGACGAGUCCCUACCCCAAGGUACCGAUCGUGCCAAUACCAUCUCCUACCUCACCAUCCCCACCUCCUAUGGCACUGACACAACCACCUCUGGCCAAAGAACCGCUUCCUACCACACCCUCUCCACCUGUAACAGAUGGCCCACCGCCCGUUGGGUGUGCCACUAGCGGGGAGUGUCCCUUCGAUGAGCAAUGUUACAAUCGCCUGUGUGGCAAGGUGUGUAGCGUCCACCCUUGCCAGACUGAUUCUGAGUGUAUUGCUGGGAUUCACCAGGCCAUCUGCACCCCUGUCAUGCCCCUCACGGAGAGGCCCCAGUGUAUGGUGGACCAAGACUGCUUCACUACCCAAGCAUGCAUCAGCAGUGUCUGCAGAGAAGUCUGCCUCACCACUAACCCCUGUGCGCCCUUGGCUGUCUGCACUGCAGAGAAUCACCGGCCUAGGUGUAACUGUCCACCGGGUUAUGUAGGUAACCCCUUCGUGGCUUGUCGUCGCCCAGACCUGCCAACCCUGCCUCCCCAUGAGCCCACCACCACCACACAGCGACCUGAAUGCCUCGUCGACAAUGACUGCCCCUACCACUUGGCCUGCCUCAACCAUCAGUGUUUGAACCCGUGCCUGAAGAGAGACGUGUGUGGUUUGAACGCCGAGUGUAUUAUGACCGUGCACACACCCACCUGCUUGUGCAUUCCAGGAUACAUUGGCAACCCGUAUGUGAGGUGCCAUCCCCCCACCACCUCAACGCCGUCCCCAGCGGAGCCCAUCCUCAGACCCCAGUGCACAAAGAAUGAGGACUGUCCCGCAGACCGUGCCUGCUACAGCGGCAGUUGCCAGAACCCUUGUGUUGCUACCAACCCGUGUGCCCCUACGGCUGUGUGUGAUGCCCUCAGGCACGAAGCUGUGUGCUCUUGUCCCACGGGUAUGACUGGUAACCCGCGUCUCCAGUGCCACAACAUCGAGGUGUCCACUCCCCAGCCUGAGUGCCUGGUGGAUGACGAUUGUAGUGAUGUGCUGGCCUGCAUCAACCAACAGUGCCAGAACCCUUGUGCCUUGUAUGAGAACUGUGCCCCGAAUGCCGAGUGCCAUGUCAUCCGUCACAGAGCCGUGUGUUCCUGCCCGGAUGGUUUCGUUGGCAACCCCAACAUCCAGUGUUUAGUGGCUGGAUGUCGCUCCAACUCUGAAUGCCCCGUGCUGCACGCCUGCAUCAACAGGGAGUGUGAGGACCCAUGCCGCUACGAGAAGUGUGGCAUCAACGCAGAGUGUCGCUCCGUUAACCAGAGAGCACAGUGCAUCUGCCCCGAAACGUUCCUGGGUGACCCGUACGUGCGAUGUGAAAGACCCGAGUGCACGAGUGACCCAGAGUGCCCGUCAUGGCUGGCCUGCAUCGAUGACAAGUGCCAGGACCCAUGUAACUGUGGACCACAAGCCCAGUGCCGCGUCGUCAACCACCGCCCGCUCUGCACCUGUCCUCCGGGAUAUGAUGGCGAUGCUAACGUCCAGUGCAUUCGCAAGCCGGUGAAAGAGCCGUCGUACAAGGAGUGCCAGACAGAUGGAGAGUGCCUCAGCAAGAUGGCCUGCUUCGACGGCCGGUGCCGCGACCCGUGCCAAGUGAUCAACCCAUGUGGCACCAAUGCCAAGUGUGACGUGAUCGACACCCUUCCCUUCAGGACGAUGACGUGCGAGUGUGUGCCAGGCUUCACUGGCAACGCUUACGUCGAGUGCACUCCACGCCCGACGCUGGCGCCAGGCUGCACGACGGACGACGAGUGUGGUCCGACGGAGGUGUGUCGCAACACAUUGUGCCUGGACCCGUGUGCUGUGAUCAACCCGUGUGCCCCCAGCGCCGAGUGCCAGGUCAUCAACCGCCGUACGGAGUGCUCCUGUCCGCCGGGUUACACGGGCAACCCUCAUGUCAACUGUUAUGAAGUUAAGGCGGAGGAGCCCAUAUGUCGUGUGGACCCCGACUGUUCCAUGGCACAGGCGUGCAUCAAGGAGCAGUGUGUUGACCCGUGCCUGGUGGAGGAACCCUGUGGCCGCCAAGCGCUUUGUCGCACUCACCAGCACCGACCCAUCUGCUACUGUCCCGAGGGCUGGGCAGGCAACCCCCGCGUGCAGUGCUUCAAACCUGACUGUAUGAAGGACGAUGAGUGUCCCAUGGACAAAGCAUGUAUCAAUCAACACUGCGUUGACCCGUGCACUCAUAGUGGUCCCAUCUGCGGCGUCAGUGCCCAGUGCCGCGCCAUCCUGCACCGCGCCCAGUGCUUCUGUCCCGCGGGCACCCAGGGCAACCCCACUGUUGCCUGCGUCACCGUUGGCUGUACCUCAAAUGAAGACUGCGCCGACGACAAAGUCUGCGAUUACCUGAAUCGUGUGUGCGUCCCAGUAUGUGAGAAAACGACGUGUGCAAUACAAGCAGAGUGUCGUGCUGGUAACCAUGCGGCCAUGUGCACGUGUCCUCCCCACCUCACAGGCAACCCCUUCCUCCAGUGCUACCAAGUGGUAGACGAAGAACCAGAAGAAAAGGAGCCUCCCAUCACAGAUGUUCCCAAGGAGCCUGACUGUCGCCAAGAUGGUGACUGUCCGUCACAACACGCCUGUAUCAACGCCCUGUGCCAGGACCCAUGUGCCAUCACCUCGCCCUGUCUCCCAUCUGAGGAGUGUCAUGUGGUGGAUAGUAUUCCACUAAGAACAAUGUCAUGCGAGUGUCCGUCAGACUAUAUCUUCGUCAAGGAGGGCGUUUGCGUCAAGCUAGAACCAGAGUGUAGAAGUGACCAGGACUGCAAGAGCCCCGAGGCGUGUAAAGACGGCUCGUGCGUGAGUGUGUGUCACGGGGAACCGUGCGGCCUCAACGCUGUGUGUCAAGGCAUCAACCACAGACACCAGUGCCAGUGUGUCCAGGGCUACACCGGUGAUCCCAGUGUCCACUGCAGGAGGAUGCCUCCUGUGGCGGUGCCCCCCGAGCCGGACUGUGACGAAGACGACGACUGUAAGGACUACGAGUCGUGCAUUAACCAGCACUGCGUCAACCCUUGCAUCCACGACAAACCUUGCGCUACCAAUGCCUUCUGCUACACUGAUGACCACCGCCCUAUCUGCAGGUGUCCUGAAGGAUUUGUCGGGGAUCCUAAGAUUGAGUGUCGGCUGUGUGAGUCUUCAAGAUAG